UAUAGUUUAAUCAAACAUUGAGAGUAAUCGAUUCUCGACGAACGCCGACAACCUUCAACCAUCUUCUCAGUCUCCGUCAAAACUGAAGCGCGAUGUCAGGGAUUCAAUGCUGUGAAAACCCUCCGGCUCUCAGUUCAAUCAGUGGAACCGGACACGUCGAAGAAAUCGGCGGCCUCAAAUGCUACGUUUCCGGUCCAUCUGAAUCCAAUCUCGGUGUUCUUCUUGCCUCCGACGUAUACGGUUAUGAAGCUCCUAAUUUGAGAAAGAUUGCAGACAAAGCAGCUGCUGCUGGUUUCUAUGCUGUAGUUCCUGAUCUCAUACAUGGAGAUCCUUAUAACCCUAAUAAUGCUGAGAGGCCUUUACCUGUUUGGAUAAAGGAUCAUGGAACGGAUAAAGGUUUUGAAGAUGCAAAACUAGUCACUGAAGCUAUGAGAAGUAAAGGCAUAGUGAGUGUUGGAGCAGCAGGGUUUUGCUGGGGAGCCAAGGUUGUAACAGAGUUAGCAAAGAGUGCAUAUAUUGAAGCUGCUGUAUUGUUGCACCCUUCAUUUGUAACGCUGGAAGAUAUACACGCUGUUAAGGCCCCGAUUGCAAUUCUGGGAGCUGAGAUUGACAAGUUGUCACCUCCAGAACUCGUGAAGCAGUUUGACGAGGCCUUACAAGCCAAAUCCGAUGUUGAUGCUUUUGUUAAGAUCUUUCCUGGGGUUUCUCAUGGGUGGACGGUUAGGUAUAAAGAAGACAAUGAGGCUGCGAUAAAGUGUGCAGAUGAGGCUCAUAAGGAUUUACUGAAUUGGUUUGCUAAGCAUGUUGUUAAUGAGUGAAAUAUCAAAAGCUGUUUUUGUUGCAGAUUUCGAAGGCAGGUAAUAUUAAGCUUGUUCUUAAGUAGCUUCAGAAAUGAUUUUUUGUUGUAGAAUUUGAAUUUAGAUUUGAAAUGUAAAACACCAUCAUUUAACCUUAUUUUCAAUAGGGAACCUAAGUUGAGUACUA